AUGGAUUCCCAGAGUUCCAGAUCAGGUCGAAUUCGAUCACCUGUAAAGGAGAUGGUAUGUGGGCAUGGAGAGAGGCCGAUUCUGUGUACCUCAACAACGAAGGACAACCCAAGCCGACGAUUUUGGGGUUGUGUCUACUAUGAGGUUCAGGAUGCCUGUGAUUUCUUUAGGUGGGCAGACCCAGAAGCUGGAAGAACGCAGCAAGAUUCUGAGAUUGCAAGAAGCAGGAAGAAAAUUAUAACCUUGAAGACAAGGUUGAAGGAUGUCGAAUGGAAGCUAAGGAUUGUAGCUACUUUAGGGGUAGUUGGGUGGAUUGGGUUUUUGUAUAUGUUGCUGCAUAAUCCACACAAUUUAAGGCAACCAUAUGGAAUGCAGUUAAUCGACAGAUGA